GAUUAUAAGUAGGGUUUACCCGCUGUUAGAAAAAAAAUAAGGGUUUCUUCGAGCAUCUGUGAUGGGUGAGGAAACAUCUGAUACGAACCUUGAUUUGAAUCUGGGUCCAGCGCCCGAGACCGGGUCCAGAUCGCUGUCGAAUGAAGGUGUAAAUUUUGAUGAUUUAGUUGAUAACCGGUUUGAUAGGAUCCGGGAAGCAGUUAGGCGAAGGCGAUGGAGAUGGCAUCAGGUUCCAAUUCCUGCUGCAACUCAGAGCCUCUCGGUGGAAUUCGAUCAAUUUAGGGUGAAUACGGGCAGUGUGAAUACGAUGCAGGCAGGUGAGGGCAGUGUUGCAGCUGAGGAAAGGAUGAGUGAUGCGCCGAAGGCUUGUGAAGCCACCAAUGGGUUUUCUGAGGAUGGAGUUUCAGAAGGUAGAAAGGAUGAUAUUGUGAAUGGUGUUAGCAAUGAUGGGAGUUUUUUCGAUUGUAAUAUAUGCUUGGAUUUGGCUCGGGAUCCUGUUGUAUCUUGUUGUGGUCACUUGUAUUGUUGGUCGUGCCUCUACCGAUGGUUGCAUGUUCAUUCGGAUGCAAAUGAAUGCCCCGUCUGCAAAGGGGAGGUGACUGUUAAAACUCUGACCCCGAUAUUUGGUCGAGGGAAGGUUAUCCACGAGUCAGAAGAGGAUUCAGGUUUUAAGAUCCCUCCUCGGCCCUCUGGACGGCGAGUGGAUAGUUGGAGGCAAACUAUUCAACGGACUCCUUUAAAUAUCCCAGUGGAGGAGAUGAUUCGCCGGAUUGGAAGCAGAUUUGAUAUGGUUCGUGACCUGACUCCACCACGGGAAGCCAAUGGUUCCCGAGGGACUUUAGAAAGGACUGAUUCCAUGCUUAACAGGAUUUUGACAUCUCGUGAGUUCCGGGGAGAGCAAAAUGCGGUUGUGCCCCUUGAUGAUGUUGACUUGACGCCUGGCAGUUCAAGCGGUACCGAUGCUAUGUCCUCUCGGAUUCAAUCUUUUCAACGACGAUCAUACAUGCGAAGAGCUGCAAGAUUUAUGAGGUCAGCGGAAAGGAUGGCUGACGCAUAUUUCCGAGGCAACUCGGUGGGAAGAAAUCAGGAACAGCCACCAGCAGUCGUCGAUGAUAGAGACUCGUUCUCAAGCAUUGCUGCCGUAAUAAACUCAGAGAGUCAAAUGGACACCGCGGUCGAGAUAGAUUCCGUGGUAUCGGUCUCGACUUCAUCUUCCAGGAGAAGAAAUGACGUCUUGAGGGUCUCGGAUGUCGACAGCGGCGACUCUCGGGCGCAUAGGAGGAGACGACUGAACUAGGGGACCUUGUAAAGAUUUCGGAUCACAUCUCGAUGUCACGGAACAGCACCAUACUAGUUUUCUUCUUCUUCUUCUU